AUGUCUUUUUCAAUAACCCAAUUAACUAUAAUUGAUUUAGAUGAAGAUAAUUCUUAUUUUGAUUUAUGUAAUGAUAUUUUUUUAGCACCUACUUUAAUACUUACUUCUUUAUCAGAAAAUCAACAUCAAUCAACAUCUAAUUUAACCUCUUUUCCUCCUUGGCAACCUUCUUAUUCUUUAAUUUCUCUUAGCCAUCGAUUUUAA